UUACGGGGCGUAGGGGUGCUGAAUGGGCAGGUGCUGGAACAGUGGGAUUUAGGAGGAGAUUCUGUGUGCAACUACAGGCCGGCCGCCACUCUCUCUUGCUCUCUCUCUCUCUCUCUCCCUCACUCUCAGUCUCUCUCUCUCUCUCUCUCUCCCUCCCUCUCUCUCUCUCUCUCUCUCUUUCUCUCCACUCCUCCUCUUCUCGCCUGGACCGCCGAAAUGACCCUCCAGAACAUGGAGAGCGUGGAGGUCUUCACCACCGAGGGGAAGGGCCGCGGGCUGAAAGCCGCCAAGGAGCUGCUGGCGGGAGAGGUGGUGUUCGCCGAGCCCAGCUUCGCCGCCGUCGUCUUCGACAGCCUGUCCCAGCAGGUGUGCCACAGCUGUUUCCGCCAGCAGCAGAAGCUGCACCGCUGUGGCCAGUGCAGGUUCGCCCAGUACUGCGACCGCACCUGCCAGAGGGCAUGCUGGGAAGAGCACAAGCAGGAGUGCGCCGCAAUCAGGACAUACGGCAAGGCGCCCAAUGAGAACGUGCGCCUCGCAGCCCGCAUUCUGUGGCGCAUGCAGAAGGAUGGGGGCGUGGCCUCGGACGCUCAGCUGACCACGCUGGAGGAGCUGGAGGACCACGUGGCGGACAUGCCCGAGGAAGACCUGAAGGAGCUGAAGAUCGACGUGCACAACUUCCUGGACUACUGGCCCCGGGGCGGCCGGCAGUACCCCGUGGACUCCAUCUCCCACAUAAUCGGCGUGAUUAACUGUAACGGGUUCACUCUGAGUGACCAGAGAGGACUGCAGGCUGUGGGUGUGGGCAUCUUCCCAAAUCUGUGCCUGGUCAACCAUGACUGCUGGCCCAACUGCACCGUCAUCCUCAACCACGGCAAUCAGACGGCUGUGAACACUUUCUGUCACUCUCAAAGGAGGAUCGAGCUCCGAGCUCUGGAGAAGAUCCCGGAGGGGCAGGAGCUGACGGUGGGGUACGUGGACUUCCUGAACGUGUCGACGGACCGGCAGAAGCUGCUGAAGCACCAGUACUUCUUCGACUGCGCCUGCGAUCACUGCACCCACCGCACCAAGGACGACCUCAUGACGGCCGCCAAGGAGUUGGACGGCCAGAAGCCCUCAGAGGAGGUGGUGAAGGAGGUGACGGAGUACAGCCUGAAAACUCUGGAGCAGAUCGAGAAAAGUCGCACCGAGGGGAACUACCAUGAGGUGGUGAAGCUGUCCAGGGAGUGCCUGGAGAAGCAGGAGCCGGUGCUGGGCGACACCCACCUGCACCACCUGCGCGUGCUGAGCGUGCUCAGCGAGGUCCUGUCCUACCUGCAGUACUUCGAGGAGGCCGCCGGCUACGCCCGCAGGAUGGUGGAGGGCUACAUGAAGCUGUACCACCCGAACAACGCCCAGCUGGGCAUGGCGACCAUGCGGGCGGGGGUGACGCACUGGCACGCCGGGCUCAUCGAGGUCGGGCACAGCAUGAUCUGCAAAGCCUACGCCAUCCUGCUGGUCACCCACGGGCCCUCCCACGCCAUCACCAAGGACCUGGAGGCCAUGCGCAUGCAGACGGAGAUGGAGCUGAGGAUGUUCCGGCAGAACGAGUACGUGUACCACACCAUGCGCGAGGCCGCGCUCAAGAACCAGCCCAUGAGCAUGAUGGCCGAGCCUGCGGUCGAGGGCAUCAAGAGCCUGUUCCGCAAGAAAUGAGCGCCCCCUGCUGGCCAAACGCUGCAGUAUUCUUCCCCCAUGCCUCGAUGCGGCAUGCCCCCACACCCACUCCCACACCCAGCUCACAGCCUGCACACACUGACAGCCAGGUGACACCUCACACCUGGGCACAGAUUUUAUCCACAUUUACUGUGUGUUAGUGCAGUACCCCACCCUCCAACAGACACACACAUAUACACAUGCACUUAAACACACACACACUCAAAUGCACACAC